AUGGCAGAAGAAAUUGAAAUAUCUUUGCCAUUCCGUGGUAGGAAUGCCGUCUACCGAAAGCCGCCUAACAAGUUCGACAAGCAAAAAUCGAUGGUGGUCCCAAAUAGCUCUAGUUCGGCUUCAGCCAUGCUUCAUGCGUUGGAAUCCAUGAAUGAGAUGGAAAGAAACAAACUGAUCCAGAGCAUAGAGAAUCUGAGCUGGACACAAACUUGGGAUUUGACCAAACAGUUUGACAAACAGAGGAGAGAGAAGAUGCCUGCACAACAGCCUCUGUUUGGCAUGGAAAACGAGAGUCACUCCUGCCCUGAGAUGCUUCCUGCAGCGAGGGAUGGACCUGGGGUUGAUCUGAACAGCAGUGUCUAUGAAUUGCUCGCAAAACCUAGGACUGUCGAAGGAGUUGAGGAACCUGAGCCAUGGGCAACAGCUGACCCACCCGACUUUAUUCCUAACGAUGGAUAUGAAGAAAUCGGAAAGACGGUCAAAUGUUCCAAUAAUGUGGAGUUUCGGACCCAGCGGGAUGCCCGACACAAAAUCCAAGUAAAGGCAUACACAAAAUCUCGCCGUAUCUUCCCAAUCGUCCAGAAUGACAUUCUCACGUUCACAUCGGAAUAUCACAACUCUGGUCACGAGCCUGAGAGUGACUGGACUUUGGACAUCCAAGAAGGAGACGAUCUGUGGCACGAACUCAAACACAGAAUUUCAUCGUUUGAUCUUCCAAACAGAACCGUCAGGAACCAAUUUCGCAGCUGGUGGGAUCAGCUUCCGGCAGGACACCAAGUCGAUAUCUAUCAUGUUGCCUUCUUUGAUGGAACCGCGAUGCCCGAUGGACAGUCUUCUAUGUUUCUGCCCGACACCAAGCAUAUCCCCACCCCUAGGAAUAUGAAAGACGAAUUGACACGCCUGCAUUGGCACGAGACAUCGGAAGGUUACGUAUACAACCUCGGGAAGAUCAACAAAAAGCGAAAGAAGAAGGAACUUGAACAACAAGAGCACUUGCGUCGCACCGCGGAUUACCGUGCUUGGCUAGAAUUACCACCGGAUUCUAAAAUUGUUCCACCUGGCAUCUAUCUGCGUCCUGCGGAACAGUGCGAUGCUUCUUCUAUUCUUGAAAUCAUGAACUGGUAUGCACAAAACUCAGCUUUGAGCAGUGAAACCCGAUCUAUGGAGGCAAAUGACAUUGGGGAGCUUCUGCAAUUUUGCCGAGACAACCACUUCCCCUUCGUCGUUGCUGCCCGACGUCCACCAGAGCGCUUGUGUCGCAACCAGAUCGACCCUGUGGUUGGCUACGCCUAUGUCGAAUUCCAUCGGCACGGCAAAAGCGCUGAUAAGCACAUGGGUGAGCUGCAUGUUUUCGUCCAAGAGGGCAGCAAGAAGCAGCACAUUGGACGGGCACUUGUCGAUAUGGUCCUCUCUUGUUUUGAUGUGACCUCUGGAAAAAGCAAGGAUUAUGAGUUUGACCAAACUGGUACAGUGCAGUAUCGUGCUGGUUAUGGCCGUCCCCUCACAGCAAUUGUUUGUGCCAUUGCAACAUCCCCGGAGGCCCAGGAGGAGCAUGACUGGAUCAAGAAGUGGUUGGAGAGGGAGUUUGGCUUUCAGGAAAAGUGCGUAUUCGAGAAUGCGAGAGUGAAGAGUGGCAAGAGUUAUGACCUUCGGUACAUGGCUCGUCCAAUGGGGGCCCCACAUUUGAGCAACGGGGUCAAGGGCCAACCUCAGGUUCAAGCCCAUCCCCAGGGGAGUAGUACCCAGUCUACGAUACUCAAUUACCUCUGA